AUGAGCGCCCUGGCGACGAAGCAGCAGUCGCACAAGAUCUUCGAGAAGUUGAAGACGAAGCCUGCCAAUAGGAUCUGCUUCGACUGCGGACAGAAGAACCCGACAUGGACAUCUGUUCCCUUUGGCAUCUAUCUGUGCCUUGACUGCUCAGCUAAUCAUCGGAAUCUCGGUGUCCACAUCUCCUUCGUUCGAUCCACCAACCUUGAUCAGUGGCAAUGGGACCAGCUCCGUGUCAUGAAGGUCGGCGGUAACGAGUCUGCGACCAAGUUCUUCCAGCAAAACGGAGGCAGCGCUGCCUUGAACAGCAAGGAUCCAAAGACUAAGUACACAUCCAAUGCCGCUACUAAGUAUAAGGACGAGCUUAAGAAGCGAGCGGCUCGGGAUGCGCAAGAGUAUCCGAACGAGGUCGUCAUCGCCGAUGCAGGAGAGGCCGGAGACGGCUCAUCCACACCAGCCGGCGACCCAGACGACGACUUCUUCUCAUCUUGGGACAAGCCCGCCAUCAAGAAGCCCACACCGCCCAUCUCGCGCACUGGCACACCUCCGGUCGUCGGACGCACACCCUCUCCCUUCCUGAACGCAGGUGCUAACGGCGCUGGAAAGGAUAUUGCGCGAACCGCCUCUCCGCUUUCCAGAACUGACUCGGGCGAUGCGAAGCCUGCUGCUAGCCGGAUCGUCCACUCUAGCGCAUUGAAGAAGACCACAACUGGACCCAAGAAGGCAAACAUUCUCGGCGCGAAGAAGGCCCCCAAACUGGGCGUGAAGAAGGUCACCGGUGACUUCAUUGACUUUGACGAGGCCGAGAAGAAGGCGAAGGAGGAGGCUGAGCGAAUCGAGAAACUUGGUUACAACCCCGAGGAGGAGGAAGCUGAGUCCAAGAAGCCGGCCAAGACCGAGUCCGCUGCCUCUAUCAUCUCUCCCACCCCAGUCAGUCCUUCUCGCGGAGGCUACGGCUCGUCCUCACACACGAGAGAGAAAUCUGCUUCGGAGCUCGAGCGUCUUGGCAUGGGCAUGGGCAGACUUGGAUUUGGUCAGGUCGGAGGUAAUAAGCCUGCUCCUAAGAAGGCUGGUACUGGUGGAUUCGGGUCUGUUGGCCCUAUCAAGGCUGCUUCUGAAGCCGAUGAGGAGCGAUACGCAAGGAACAAGUUCGGGACCCAGAAGGGUAUCUCUUCCGAUGAAUUCUUCGGAAAGGGUGCCUUUGACCCCAACGCUCAGGCAGAGGCCAAGACAAGACUGCAAGGAUUCGAAGGCGCCACUUCCAUCUCCUCGAAUGCAUACUUCGGCCGCCCGGAGGAGGAGGGCGAUGCUGAGGACUAUGGUGACCUUGAGACUGCUGCCAAGGACUUCAUCCGAAAGUUUGGCAUCACCGCUGGUGAUGAUCUGGAGAACCUGACCCAAGUGCUUGGCGAAGGGGCGACUCGCCUGCAGGGCGCUAUCCGAAGCUAUCUCGGAAGCUGA